ACAUGAUAUUUUAUUCUUUUAGUUGCCAUCUAUCUAUUUCCACUAUUCUAUGCAUAUAUGUCUUACUAUAUUAUUUAACCUAAAAUUUUGUUAUUAGGUCAAACAAUUAAAUUUGUGAGAUUAAGGCUACUAGAAAUAAGAAUAACGUAAAAGGACAAAUUUGACCCGAACUAUGCGAAAUGGUAGGGCUGUUCAAAACCGAACCGCUACCGAUAACCCAACCGCAAAAUUGGCUUAUUGGCUUAAUGGUAUUGCGUUAUCGGAUCAGCGGUUGGGGAAUGGAUUAAAAUUUUAUAGUUAUCGGCUUAUCGGUGCGGGGGCGGAUUCCUCAAUUUUCUUAUCGGGUAAACCGUUAAUCCGUUAAGAAUUUAUCAUAUUUAUAUUCUUAGCCCUAACAAAUAAAAUAUGUAUUGUGAUUGUAAUUUGUAAACCUAAAGCUAAAGCCUAAACCUAAAAUAUGUAUCUCUAUUUCUGUUAAUUGUGAAACCUGGUUGUUUUCUAUCAAAUAGUUCAUUCCCUGUUUCUUGUUUACCUAUAUUGUAGUUUGCUAAUUUUCUUGGAAAACUGUUGCUACUUGCUACGGUAUUUUUACUAAUAUUGAAUCCAACAUUUCAAUCUUCUUGGUUAUAUUCCUAUCCCUUUUUUUUUUUGGAGGAUAUCAAUAUCUUCUUUAUAACCUAUAAGGUAAAAAUAUUACAUUUUGAGUCACUUUAAAGGCAGGUAAUUUCCUUGACUACUUGUGAUUUUAUCAUUCAUUUUUCUCUUAGAUUUAACCGAUACACCGCCCGAUAACCGUCCGAUAAUUGUUAAUCCGAUAUCGAACCAACCGAUAUCUUAUAGGUUGGCUAGCGGAUUAGCACUUUUAAAAGCCGAUAACCGUUAAGCGUAAUUAUCCGUCCAAUCCGCCCGAUAAGCAGCCCUACGAAAUGGAAUAGAUUUGCCCUUCGUUAAUAGUUGGGCUUAAAUAUGCCAUUGUCCCACAUUCCUGCAAAAUGGUACGAAUUUACCCUAAUUUCUAAACAAUGGAAGCUUAGCACCAGAUUAUGCCAUGUGUCAUGCAAUUAAGAAUUUUUGUUGUUAAAUGGAGGGUAAAUUUGAACCUUUCGCAUAGUUCAAGGGAAAAUUUGACCCUUCCCCCUAUUUUUGAGUUUUUCCAAUUUUUUGGUUCCUCUUUUUUCUCUUCUUGCCACUACCUCUACCACCAAUCACCCUUUCUUUCUCCUUCCUUCUAAUUAUCUCACCCCACCAUCAUCUUCCAUCUCCCUUUCCUUUCUCUUUAUAUCUGUGUCGCCCCACCACCAUCUACACCAUUAGGAGAAAAUGCGCUAAACGACUUAAACAUACAAUAUAUAAGACUAUUUUAAUGCAGGUGUAUAGCCGCGUAGGGGUCAAAGGAGAAAGAAAGGGUGAUUGGCAGUGAAGGUAGUGGCGCAAAGAGAGAGAGAGAGAGAGAGAGAGAGAGUUAUAUAAUCACAUCGGGUUCAAAUUUUAUUCCUUUUUUCUCUCUCCGCGCCACUACCUCUAUCUACCGCCGACCACCCUUUCUUCCUUCUUAGACCCGUAUGCGGCUAUACACCUACAGUAAAGUAGUAUUCUAUAUUGAAUCUUUAAGCCGUUCUCUUAAUGGUGUAGGUGGUGGUGGGUUGAUGGGGAAGAGAAAGAGCAAGGAAAGAGGAAGAGAAGAUGGUCAUGGAGGUAAUGAUGACAAUGGUGGCGGGGAGAGACAUGGAGGAAGGAAGAAGAAAGAGUGAUUGGUGGUAGAGGUAGUGGCGGGAGGAGUGGAACUAGGAACAAUCAAAUUUUAAAAUUCAAAAUUAGGGGGUUGAGUCAAAUUUGCCCUUAAACUAUGCAAUAGGGUCAAGUUUGCCCCUGAACUAGGUGGUAGGUUCAAAUUUACCCGUUUAAAAAAAAAAUUAAACUUUGAUUGCAUGACAUGUGACAUCACUAGGUGCUAAGCUUCCACUGUUUAAAAAUAAGGAAAAAUUUAUAUAGUUCAAGGGAAAAUUUGACCCCAGCUAGUAACACGAGAGCAUAGUUGACCCCAACUACUAAUGAAAGACAAAUGUAUUCUAUUUCACAUAGUUUAGAGGCAAAUUUGACCUUACCCUAAAAAUAAACCAAAUUCAAUUGAUCCUUUCAUAAUGUAAAGAUGAUGAAAAUAAGGUAAUAAUGAUAACAAGGUAAAUAAUGAAGUAGAAAUAAUAAGAAGAGGGAGAUGAAGCAAUUCUUAUUGAUUGCUAGCAAAUAGAAGUAAUGAGCACUAAAUGAACAAUAAUUUUGCCAGAGUAUUUAUAUAUCAAUAGCUUAUUACAAUAGUGGGAAGAGGGAGAUAUUUAUAGUAUAGUCUAAUCCUAACUAACUUGUAGCACCUCUCCCGCACAUUUCAGAGAUAAAAUCGCAGUUGUUGGACAUGAUAAGAUGAAUAUUUCAAAGUUGGCUAGGGUUAGGAUGACGAUUGGCUGAGUACCUUGGACCCCCCAGAUGGAUCAUUUCGGAACAUUGCUAUUCGUUUUCAGAAGCUAUUCAGAAGUGAAAACUUUGAGGCGUGAAAAGAGGUAUAACCGUCACCAUUACUCUUGAAUCUAAAAUGGUGAAUGUCUUUCAACUUCAUGCCUGGGACACGUAUCAAGAUUGUGUUGCGGAUGAUGUCAUCAUCGGUUACCGAGUUUUCAAAAGUUGUCCAGAAGUGAAACUUUUAGGCGGGAAAAGAGACACAACCGUCACCAUUACUCUUGAAUUUAAAACAGUGAAUGUCUUUUCAACUUCACGUUUGGGGCACGUGGCGAGAUCGUAUUAAGGAUGAUGUCAUCAUUGAUUAUCAGGGCAAAGUUUCAUCGUCAUCUCUGCAUAUUUGACCAUGGUAUCCCAAGGCCACGACCUUCAACUCAGUCAACACUCUGCCACCACAGGCUCUGGCAUCCCUGAGAGGCGAUUUUCGAUGGCUCCCGCUGAAGAGGUGGAGCAAGUGAACACGACAGUAUUGGAAUUAAAGUUUUUUGGCAGCUCAUGUACUGUGACUCAAGAGAAAAUUAAGUUUUUUGACAGCUCAUAUACUGUGACUCAAGAGGCAAGCUUUUGUUUUUCUUUUAUAUCCAUUUUCUUGAUAAUGUUGUUGGUUUUGUAUGUUUACUAGAGCUGUUCUUUUUUUUUUUUUUUUUUUUUUUUUUUUGUUGGCAAUUCUGAUGCUUGAUUUUGAAUUUUGAAUUUGAGGGAUUUUUGUUGCAGAAAAUUAAUUUUUUCGGCAGCUCAUCUACUGUGACUCAGAGGACCGGAAAUUGUAGCUAGACACUUGACUGAUCAAAGUACAGCAGUAGUAUAACGCUUGUAGAAAACAUAAUCAACAUGGUUGAUCAUAACAGCAGUGAUGAUGCCAAUGAAAAUUCAUUGGUGGUUUCGGACCAGGAAAAGGGAAGUAGGAACAAGAGGAAGUUCUUAUCAGUAGAAACUCCUACUGAUUCACCUGUGUUGUCUCUUACUGAGUUUCCAAGAUACGAAUUAUUAGACGAAAAAAUGAAAAGCACUCUUAAUGAGAUCGAGCCAUUGGAGGGAGGGUGUCCUCAGUCUAAUGAGAAACAAGGAGUGGAAAGUUCACCAGAUCCAGAUUGGGAGGAUCCAAUAAUUUCUCAACUUGAGGAACUUCUAUCGCAGAAUUUGUUUGCAACUUUCCGGAGCGCGGUCAAGAGGAUUGUUGAGUGUGGAUACAGUGAGGAAAUUGCUGAACGGGUUAUAUUGAGGAGUGGCCUUUAUCACGGUGAGAAGGAUUCCAUCUCAAAUAUUGUUGAUGGUGCUUUGGCUUUGCUGCGUAGGGAAAAGGUUUUUGAUACCGCUAGACAUCUCGCAUUUCCAGAUUUGCCUAGCCUGGUAGAGUACACGUUGCUGGAGAUGAUAUGUGUGGUGAGGGAGGUUAAGCCAGCUUUGACAGUUGCAGAAGCAAUGUGGUGCCUGUUAAUAUGGGACUUGAACCUGGUACAUGCAUGUUCAGUGGAAGGCGAUCUUCUGGCUGAGUUAUGCAGUCCAGGAAGUUUCCAACCAAAGACUGAGGCUUCUGAGAAUACUCAGUCAAACCCGGAUGAGAAACCACAGUUGCCAAAACCUUCUAUUCCCAUUGCUCAAACCUCGCAGUCCAAAGUUCCUGUUGCUAGUGAAGCCCCUCAAGAAUCUAAUUCUAAAAUUUCACAUGCUCAUCAAGCGGCAAAAGGAAAAGGAAGUCCCGUACCUCUUCCGGAAGCAGUGGCUAAAGCAGCACUUAUAGAAGACAAAUCAGGGGCUGGUCGAAAGGGGCUAAACAAGAAGGAUUUGCUUAGGCGAAAGACAUAUCAAUCUGAGAAGAACUGCAAAGGCCGCAUGGGUAAGACCAUUAAGGCAAACCUCUCUGCCUGGGGAAAUAUGGUUUUGGACAAAAAAAUGAAUUCUCCAUCAGGUUCUUCUGGUGCAACAAAGAAGAGUUCUCACUCUAAAGGGAAAAAAGCUUCAGUUAAAAGCAAUAGUCCUUUAGCAGAAGCAAGUUCCAUUGCACCUGCAACUGACACUUCUAGCGUGCCACCAAUGCAACAUGAGGUAAACAAAAAGGAUCCUGCAUUGUUAGCCUUGGAGCCUGAGUCUAGCAUAAAGUCCCCAGACAGCACAACUAGCUCUCCUACGGUGCCAGAUUACUAUGCUGGUAUCUCGUAUGAUGAGUCUCUGGGGAUAUAUGUCCCUCGAAAUGAAAGAGAUGAAGCUAUAAUGCUGCUGAUUCCUCAAAUGAAGACAUUGCAAAAAGAGCUCCAACAGUGGUCUGAUUGGGCAAUGGAGAAGGUAAUGCAGGCUACUCGGAGGCUUGGCAAGGAUCAGGCUGAGCUUAAAAUGUUAAGGCAAGAGAAAGACGAUGCGGAAAGAUUUCAGAGGGAAAGGCAAAUGCUGGAGGAGAGCACCAUGAAGAGGCUUGCGGAGAUGGAGCAAGCGUUGGUAAAUACUAAUGCCUCAAUUGAGUAUGCUAACUCUACUCUUCACAAGUUGGGUGGGGAGAAUGGUGUGCUAAAGAAGGAGAUAGAGGCCUCAAAGCUCUCUAACGAAGUGUCUACUAUAACCUUGCAUAAAGCUUUAGCAAAGGAGCAGGAGACAGUGAAGAAGUGUCAAGCUGGGGAGGUGGAGAAGCGCUUAUUGCAGGAGGAGUUCUCUAUUCUCAAGCAAGAAAUAGCUGAUUUGGAGCAGCUACAAGAGAAAGCCAAGCAGCGCUUCGACCAGUUUGAGGUUCUAUGGAAGCAGGAGGAAAAGGUGAAACAAAGGAUUCUAGAGCAAGCUGAUUCUUUGAAAGCUGAAAGAGAACAACUCCGUGUUCAGGGAAAACUGGAGGUGAAUAAUUUGAGAGAGAAGGCAGAGACAAACAUGCAAAAGUGUAAAGAAGAUAUCCAAAAGCUUGAGAGUGAAAUCUCUCAGUUGAGGUUGCAGUCUGAAAGAUCAAAAAUAGAUGCACUUAAACGAGGCACUCCUCAAAUGACAAAGGGUUUAGCAGGCGAUGAAGAAACUUCUUCUAGCUCUGCUGUUGUAAAGAUGGAGAGGGAAUGUGUUAUGUGUAUGAGUGAGCAGAGGUCAGUGGUUUUUCUCCCUUGUGCACAUCAAGUCCUUUGUGCAAAUUGCAACGUGCUUCACGAAAAGAGAGGAAUGGAUGACUGCCCUUCUUGUAGGACGCCAAUUAAGAAGCGGAUUACUGUCUGCUUUGCUGAUUCUUGAUAGUUAGCAACUUCAAAAGAGUGGCAGGAAAAAGGGGCUGCUUAUUGUUUUUUGAAAAAAUUUGUAUGUCCUUUUUUCAGGCUUUUCUUUCAUACCUUAACUAUAAUAGUACUUGAUAGGAAUAUGGGGAGAAAAAAGGUAUAUAUAUGUAGAAAGUAAUGUGAAUAAGAAUUAGAAAGAGGAGGUGCUUGAUGGGCCUUGUAAAUGCUUAGUCUGAAGGUUUAAUACAAAAUGUUGUUCUAUCUGCUCAAUAGAAGCACUUGGUUUUUGUA